AUGGAAGGUGAAGAGACCAAAGCUUUUCCAAUGAAAGGUGGUGAUGGCCCUUAUAGCUAUGCCAAGAACUCCCACUAUCAGAAAACUUUUGUGGAUGCUGUGAAGGCAAUGAUAGAUGAAGCAAUUGCAGACAAACUUGACAUCAAACACUUCUCCACCACUUCAUCCCCAUUUCGCAUCGCAGAUUUUGGUUGUUCAGUUGGACCCAAUUCAUUAAAUUCGAUGAAGAACAUAGUAGAAGCCAUAGAAAUCAAAUAUCAUUCUGAGGGAUUGAGUUUGAAAAUCCCUGAAUUCCAAUUGUUCUUCAAUGACCAUUCUUCCAAUGAUUUUAAUACUCUCUUUGCCUCCUUCCCUCCUGAUAGACCAUACUUCAUAGCUGGUGUACCUGGUUCUUUCCAUGGCCGUUUAUUUCCAAAGGCCUCUCUCCACUUUGUGCAUUCCUCCUAUUCACUCAAUUGGCUCUCUAAGGUACCUAAAGAAGUGUUUGAUAAAAAUUCCUCUGCAUGGAACAAAGGGAAAAUCCAUUAUCCAACUUCUAAAAUUGAAGUGGUGGAGGCUUAUUCAACCCAAUUUGUUAGGGACAUGGAAUCCUUUUUGCUUGCUAGAGCACAAGAGCUUGUGUUUGGGGGUUUGAUGACCCUUAUUAUUCCAGGCCUUGCAGAUGGGUUUCCUAUUUCUAAAUCAUUUACAACAAUGUUAGAUCUUGUAGUAGGAUCUUGCCUUAUGGACAUGACCAAGAUGGGAUUAGUAAGUGAGGAUAAAGUGGACUCCUUCAAUUUCCCCAUAUACAAUCCAUACCUGCAAGAAAUGGAGAAAUUGAUAGCGAGAAACAAGAGUUUCAGCAUUGUUAGAUUGGAAGUGGUGGAUCGCGGUCAAGGGAAUGCCUCUACCCCCAGUGUGGAAGCAGCAACGAUGGGCUUGAGGGCUGUUACAGAAGAAAUCAUCAAGGAACACUUUGGAAGCGAAAUUAUAGAUGAGCUGUUCGAUCGGGUCUCUAAGAAGAUGAAAGAAUUUCCCCAUCUAUUGGAUAUCAGCAAGAAUGCAACUCAAAUAUUUGUUGUUCUCAAGCGAGAAGAUUAUGAUCCAUGA